UGUUCGCUGGCAUCGCCUCGCCCUGCCUGUGCGGUGUCUGAUAUAGUAUUACAUUCAAGAGCUCCUCUCUGUCCUUUACUUAUAGAGAAAGGGAGAGAGAGGAGAGGGAGGGAGACUGGCAUCUGACAGCAAUCGCUCUCUGGUUUCGAGAGAAGAAAAAAAAAAACGGAAAGAAAAGAAAACAAUCCGCCAUAGAUCUGGGGACAUAACAAGUGAAUACCCGCUACGAAAUCUUUUUUUCAAGAAACGUUUCUGAUACUGGAUUUUAAAGAAGAGAUCAGAAGUACUGAGAUUAAAAGAAAGACUCGCUCUUUCUGUAUGGACUAUCUCAGACCGCAUACGAAUUUUACCUGGGCAGAGUCAACGUGAACCACGAGUUCAAAGAUGCCAAGAAGAAAACAGCAAGCGCCGAAACGGGCUGCGGUUUACAUGCCUGAUGAUGAUGGCAGCCUCAGAGAGUCCAUUGGAGAGGACGACGCAGACAAUGACACUCUGACUGAGGAGGAGUGCUCAGAAAAGACCAGCCCCAAAGUGCCAGAGGACAAGGAGACCGAUAACAAGAGCAGCUACAGCUACCAGAACUCACCCAUCAGUGUCCUCUCUAACCAGGAGGCGGAGCUGGAGUCUCGCCUCAGCGACGCCAGCGACCGCCUCUCAGACUUCAAGAGCGCCUCGCCACCCGGGAGCCAUGGGGACGAGGAGAGCAGGAGCGCCAAGCUGAAAGAUGAGAUGCACAGCAGCCUGGAAAAGAUGCGCGCCGCCUACGCUAACUUCCUGUCUGACUCCUACUGGACAGGCAUCGGGCUGGACCCGAAGGCAGGAGCCAAUGCCAGCAAGGGCAGCUGCGACAGCACCAACGGAACUGCCAAGGGCGAGUUCGACUGGCACCAGGACGCCCUGUCGAAGACGUUCCAGCAGAACCUAUCCCCCAAACCAAUCUCCAAGCCCAACCUCUUCAGCUCUGUGCACCUGUACCGGCAGAGUAGCAGUAAGGCUUGCGGGACGGUUUUCACGGGAGCGAGCCGCUUCCGCUGCAAGGACUGCAGCGCAGCCUAUGACACCCUGGUGGAGCUCACCGUGCACAUGAACAAGAGUGGACACUACCAGGACGACAACCACAGCAGGGGAAGUGGUGCUUCUGCCUCCUCCUCUAAAGUGCGCAAGCGGAACCUGCAGGACAUGGAGGGGAAGGAGGAUGCCCAGAAGGUCCUCAAGUGCAUGUUUUGUGGACACUCCUUUGACUCCCUCCAAGACCUGAGUGUCCACAUGAUAAAGACUAAGCAUUACCAAAAAGUGCCUUUGAAAGAACCCAUUCCUGUAAUAGCCCCCAAGUUAAUCCCGCCUUCAAAGAAGCGGGCAUUUGAAGUCACCAGACCUUGUUCCCCUGACUCGACCACAGGGGUGUCCACCUAUACAGAUGCACAGAGGGCUUCGGGCCUUCAUAGUUCCCACAGCAACCGCUAUGGCUAUCAGAACGGCGCUAGCUACACGUGGCAGUUUGAGACAUGCAAGUCCCAGAUCCUCAAAUGCAUGGAGUGCGGAAGCUCACACGACACCCUGCAGCAGCUCACCACUCACAUGAUGGUCACAGGACAUUUCAUCAAAGUCACCAGCUCUGCUUCCAAAAAGGGGAAGCAGCUGGCAUUAGACCCCCUGGCCGUGGAGAAGAUGCAGGCACUGGCAGAGCCCCCUGCAAGCGAAAGCCACGGCGAUGCAGACAGUGGAAAGGUCUCCCCAAAAAGCGUUGCUUCUGGGGAUGCUGAGAAGGAUACUCAGAAGGAAGGAGCUGGUGACAAACCAACCGACGGCAGCAAAGAGGAGGCAGAGGAAGUCAAAGAUGACAAACAGAAUGGUGGUGAGGAACAAAAGUCAGAGGAGGGACCUUUCAAGUACCCAUACCUACGCGAAGAAGACCUUGAACAAGUCUCUGGUGGAGGAGGGGAUAUACUGAAGUCUUUGGCCAACACAGUGGCUUCUGCCAUCAACAAGGCCCAAACAGGGACCCCAAGCUGGAGUGCCUAUCCCAGCAUUCACGCUGCCUACCAGCUUUCUGGUGUGAUCAAGUCCGCCCCCCUCUCUGCUUCAUCACCCAUACAGCUCAAGCAGACCUUCAACAACAAGCUGAGGCCAAUCGCACCAAAAGGCAGGUUUUUCCAAGGGGGUGUUGGUACAGACAGCUUUCAGGGCCAGCGCCACAGCAGGGAUGUCAAAAAGGACAGAGGCCCCAUGGGUGAUGGGAUGGAUGGCCAGAACAGCAAGUCUGAGCGGGCUGAAACUGAGGAGAGUGAUAGCCAGGAGGACUCCUCCUCCUCAAAGAUAGACAGUGAACCUGAGAAGGAAAGGAUUGACACCAUCAGAAGCAAGCUCAGUCCGGAUUUUUCAGAUAGGGACAAGGCGUCCCCAAGCCCCCCCAUAGGCAAUGGCGUCAACCACAUCCCACCACUUGUUAAUGACUCCCCAGAGAUCCUAGGCAUAAACCCACUAAGUGCACUGCAGUCCGUACUGAACAAUCAUCUGGGGAAAGCCAACAAGCCCUCCAAUCCCAAGCCUGAGGCCACACUGACCAGCUGCUCCCAGUCCUUGUUCUCCAAACCAAGCAGAGGCCUGGAGAAACCAGCUCUGGCUCUUGUACCUCCCAGAUCCAGCAGGAUCAGUAACUCUUUUCUGUUCCAGAGCAAUGACCAGCCCAUUGACUUGACGAAAUACAAGAACCACAAGAUGGGUUCCUUGCACCUGCAGUCGUCCACUCCUGUGCCACAGAAGCAUGCCCUGUCCGACAUUGCCGAUAUGGUCAAGGUCCUGCCAAAAGCCACCACGCCAAAGCCUUCUGUGUCUUCCAGGAUGCCUGCUGUGAAGUUGGAGACAGAUGUGCGGCGUUUUGAGGAUGUGUCAGCGGAGAUAUACUCUGUGCACAAGCGGAAGGGCAGGCAAUCCAACUGGAACCCACAGCACCUCCUCAUCCUGCAGGCCCAAUUCGCAUCCAGCCUAUUCCUGACCUCGGAGGGCAAGUACCUGCUGUCUGACCUCGGCCCUCAGGAACGCAUGCACAUCUCCAAGUUCACCGGCCUGUCCAUGACCACCAUCAGCCACUGGCUGGCCAAUGUGAAAUACCAGCUGAGGAAAACAGGAGGGACAAAGUUCUUGAAGAACAUGGACACAGGCAGCCCAAUUUUCUACUGCAAUGACUGUGCAUCUCAGUUCAGGACACCGGCCGCUUUUAUUUGCCACUUGGAGUCCCACCUGGGAUUUCAGAUAAAAGACAUGAGCAAAUUACCCAUUGAGCAUCAGACGAAAGUAGAGCCAGAGCUUUCAAAGGUCCUUGGUGUCAGGGCGACAGAGACUCUUUCUGCAGAAGAAGACCUUGACUCUAAGUUCAGAUGUAAACUCUGUAGCCGGACAUUCGCUAGCAACCAUGCUGUCAAGCUUCAUUUGAGCAAAACUCACAGCAAAUCGCCAGAGAAUCAUUCACAGUACGUAGAAAUGGACAAAGAUUAGCACUGGCCAGCAUGCUGAAAAAUUCACAUUUUACCACCCGUUUACCAUUUUUUUGUUAUUUUCGUUACUGUAAUUGCUUUGCUUUGUUUCCCAUCCCCAACACGGGUCAUGUUUUCUCGCCAUGUUUCAAGUAGCAUUACUUAACAAUAAACUUUGAUUUAGGCCAAUAUGGACCCUACUGGCUGGACUAGAAAAAAAUUGUUACUGAGGGGAAAAAAACACAUAUGGUUAAAUGACUCAUCAGCUGAUUGUUUUUGCACCCAGUUCAAAUUCAUCACCAGUAAUGAAUUGUAUUACUGCUUGAAACAUAAUUGCUGAUGUUUGCAUGCAAUAGCAUUGGCUAUGACUACUAUUUAUUUGUAUGAUAUGCCAGGUUUUAAUUGUAUUACUUUUAUGGCAAAUUGAUUAAUGCGUUAAUUGUAAUUUACAAUUUCAAUGAGACACCUGCGUAAGUAUGCAGAUGUUUCCAACAGGUAGUCGAGACACCUGUGAACACAUUUAUUGAGAUGUAUAGUAUAUUGCUCUGUAAAAUGUUUGUGUUGCAAUGAUAGAACAGAAAAAAGCACUUUAAUAAAUGUUUAAUCACCAGUUUAGACUCAGAUUCUGUACAUGACCUACCAACGUUAGACAGGCUGGAAACAAGGGCGUCUCUCAUCAAUGUAAAUAUUGCAGAACAAAAAUAGUGUUUCAUGUUGCAAAAAUAAGAAGGUAAAACAACUGAGACCCGCACCUUUUGUACCAAUGCAAAAUAAAGUGUUAACAUUUUCAAAA